AUGAUAGCUCAUAAGUCUUCUCCUAACCAGAUUUCAGGAAGAGUGUUCAUUUACUCGGGCUUGUUAAUUACUCUACUGCUUCAGAUAUCAAAGUGUAGUGAGCUUACAUUGUUAUAUCCACCACCAAGGAAUAAUAAAUCUGGACACAAGAAUGACUUCUGUGGAGGAUAUCUCGCAGCCUCCUCACACCGUACUCAGUUUCCUCUCUCUGGAGCAGCCUCAGUCAUUGUUGAUGUAGAUCAUAAUCCCGCAAAAGUGGCAAUCUCCUUGAGUUUAUCACCUGAUCCUAAAAGUCUCAAAGAUUUUGAAACAAACGGUCAAAUGAAUUAUCUCUUACCAUUGGUUCCUACCCAUGGUGAGGGACAUUAUUGCUUCAAUGUUGAUGUCUCUUCACUACCCAAACUUUCACCAAAGAAUGGCACAUUGGCAACAUUACAAGUGGCCAUAUCUACUCACCACGGGCGCGAGUAUCAGUGUACCGAUAUUAUCUUAACAAAGGAGGCAAACACACCAAAGGUUUUACGUUGUUCCAACCCUCCUAUGACCGGAUCACCUAUGAGUUCUGACUCAAUAGCAGAAGCUUGUACAUUCAAACACUUGUUUCCUGAAUGCUCACGCCCAAAGGCAAAAUCUAAUGCAGCCGUUCAGGAUAUGAUCUCGUAUCUAAAGAUUGUAACUGGAAUCUUGAUUUGUACUGCAAUCUUGAUUCAGUGA